AUGGGAAAUUCAAAUAAUAAAAUUAAUUUUAAUCAACGCUUUGUGAUUAAUGCAAACGAUUUUAUAAAAACUUAUGAUGCCAAAAAUAAGCAUAAAAAAGUUUUAAAAAUAUCAUCAGAGUUCAACAAUGACAAAGUUUUUUCUCAUUUUUCUACACUUAAUUCGCAAUUUUUUCCAAAUUUAUUCUUUAUUAUAAUUGACAUCGAUAAUUCACAGACAUUAAAAGCCCUAGAUGAUGAUCUUUCUAUGUAUAAUGUUUUAAAAACACUAAAAAUCCAAAACGUUAAGUUUAAACCUAAUUUACCAAUAAUUAUUCAACUUACAUCGAAAAAAAUCGCUGGGAAAUUAAUUUACUUCAAAGCUGCAAAUUAUUUGAAUUUUAAAAUAUUGCAUGAAAACGAUGAAAGCUUCAAAGUAAUUUUAAAUUUUUUGAGGACAAAUAAUUUUGAAAAUUUACUCGAAAAUGUUUUUAAAUUAAAGGAUUCCUCAUUAAUUUUGAGAUUUAUAACAACUUUAGAUAUAUCAAAGAGGAAAAUGUCUAAAAUAAUACAAGAAUGUGCAUCCAAUGGCUCAAAAAUUGACUUUUUAUCUAUAAUUGAUGCCUCUACUGAGGAUGAAAACAGAGCUUGUAGUAAAAAUAUUACAUUUAAAAAUAUAAUUCCAAUUUUUUUCCAUGCAUUAAAAAAUCCAAACGAAGAUGUCAUAAAUUAUUUAAUUUUUAAAUGGAUUUAUUUGAUACAAUAUCAUUCACUUGACCGUCGCGUUGACGUGUCUACACAAGUUUAUAAGGAAAAUAAGUUUGAAAUUUUAUAUAAACUAAUAAGCAACUUUGACUUUCCAUUUCCAAAAAAUCUUGAUGUCAGUAAAAUUCAUUAUGAACCGCUCCUGAAACUCAUUAGUCAAAGAGAUGAAAUUCAUAAUUUUAUUUCAAAUAGACAAAAGAACAUAGUUGAUAUUCUUAAGGAACAUUCAAAUCUAAAAUUUAUGUUCAAUUCUGAAAAUCAAACUGCAAUAUAUACUGCCAUUGAAUACAAAAAUUACGAUUGCUUAGCCAUUCUUAAAUCACAUCACUACGAAGCUGAUCCAUCUGAAGAUACUCAUGAAUUUACAGCAGAUGAGGAACGAAUAUAUGAAAAUGUGAAAUCAAAACAAACAAUCACAAAUGUAGAAAAAGCAGUGAAAGAUAGAAUGAAGUCUUCUCAGAUUUUAUCGGCAAGUUCAUUAAUUCACGAGCCUAAUGAUCGAUCUAAGGAAGUUGAAUAUCGUAAACAAAUUAACGACUGGUUUAAUAAAAUUGGAGGAUCUGAACCAUGUUCUUAUCUACUUGAUUGUGCAGCUCAAUGUACAAAUCUCAAAAUUAUUUUUGAUUUCAAGAGUAUAACUACGGAAAAUGCAGAUUUGAAAACCGGUCCAGGAUCGAAUGGCACAACAUAUCCAAUAAGUCAAAAGAUUUUCAUUGGCGCAAUGAAAUCAAACGAAAACAACGCGUUGAAAAUACCUGGAAUUUUAAUUCAUGAAAUCUGUCACUUUGUAAUGCGUCAAGUUUAUGAAAACAAUGAAAAUCCUUAUUAUAAAGAUGAUGAGAAUGCUAAAGCAGAAUUUACUAAAAUAUGUAAUGAAGUUCGUGAAAUUAUUGCUGAAAAUAAUAAUGAUGAUGAAUGCAAAAAUAUAAUAUCAUCUGUUUUUAGCAAAUACAAAGAAAAUGAAUAUCAUUUAGAAUUAAUUGUGAGACCAUUUCAAAUUCUAAUAGAAUAUUAUGAUGAUCAAGAUAAGUUGAAAUAUUUAAAACAAAAAUAUCAUUUGCUUUUUGAAUACGUAAGCAAAUAUUUAAUAAUCGAAUUGAAAAACUUUAGUUUAGUCAAUCAAAAUAUAAUAAAAGAAAUAAAUCGAUCGGCUGGAAUAUUCUCAGAAAUAAUGACAUUUAAUUUGAGGAUUUUGAAUUCAAAAAUUAUCGAUUCAAUAUUUAAAAGGAGAUGCACAAUUGUUAAAUCAAAUGUAAUAAAAUUUUUCUUAUUAGAUUUAUAUCAAUACCUCAUUAAAGUAGAGAAAAUGCCUAGCAAGAAAACUAUUUUUAUAACUUCGGAUAUAGAAAAAAAGAAAUCAUUUGAAAGUUUUAAAGAAGCUUUAAAAUCAGUUGAAAAAGUAAAAAUUAUAGUUUUAUGUUCAAAUGAGCCAUCAGACAAUUUUUUAAAAUUAAUCAAAAGAAAUCCAAAUUCUGUCAUUUUUAUUGCAUCUAAAGACAUGCAACACUCAAAUAUUACUGAAAUUUUCAACAGCCAUGCAUUAUAUGAAGAUGCAGAUUACACAUUCAAUGAUUUUUCACCAGAAAGUCAGCAACAACUUCUUAAUUUAAACAUCAAUUUUCAAAACAAUAGCAAAACAACACUCAAAGAUCUUCUAGGAGAUCAAAUCGAUCCGAAUUGUAUUUUAGAUGAUAAAGUUCUUAAUUUAAUUACAAAAAAUAAUGAGAAUUCAUUUGAUAUAAAUUGUAGACGAGAAUUAACAGUUGGAGAUCAUCUUUAUCAGCCUAGAUUUUUUAUUAAUGAAGAUAAACCUAAAAAUAUAAUUUCAUUAAAAGAUCUGAAUUUAGAUAUUGCUGGUUUCUCAAAAAUAUUAAUAUCUGAUUCGCCAAGAACUGGAAAAAGUUGGACAUUGCAAAACAUUUCAAAGUUUCUGAAUGAAAAACAUCCAUUUCACUGGAUUUCUUGCAUUGAUUCAAAACAAUAUGGUAAAAUAUUUGGAAACCUUACUCAAGAUUAUAAUUUUGUUCAAUUUAUGAUUAAGAUUUUAGAAUUAAAUCACAUAGAAGCCAACUUUUUUAAAGUGCUUUACGAUAAUGGAAAAGUUUUUAUUCUGAUUGAUGGAUUUAAUGAUAUUCAGGAAGAAUUUAGAGAGAAUUUUUUGAAACAUUGUGAAUCAUUUAUUUCCAACAAUGGCAACCAGUUAUGGAUAACCACAAGAGAUGAUCAAAAAGAUAAGAUUCUUAACAAUUUGUCAAUAGAUGUAGUUUACAAUUUAGAUAAAUUUAAAUUAGCUGAUGGCGUUAAAAUGAUAACAAAAAUGUGGAUGUUAAAAGAUGACAGUAAUGUGUCAACAAUAUCUCCUAAUAUAGAACUUAAAGCCUAUGAAUUAUGUCAAAACAUAUUAAAGCAUUUUGAAGAUGCUUUUAACUUCCCUGAAAUCUAUGAAAUAAUAUCACAUUAUAGAAGUUAUAAUGAAAGUUCACUUAAUAGUUUAGCAUUUGAUGUUUUAAAAGAAUUAAGUCAAAGAUUUUCUCAUAAACUAAAAGAUGAAAUUGUACGAGAAAUUCAUCAAUACUAUGCAAUUCAAAAUACAUUUCCGGAGAUUUGGAUUGAUCCACCAGUUAUGUUCGAGAACAAUGUUCUUGAUUUUGGAUUGAUGAUUGAAAAAAACGAUGCUUUUGAAUUUAUUAACAAUGCUUUUAAUUACGUUUUUGUUGCGGAGUUUCUUGCAAUAAAUUUGGACAGUAAAUUUAAAUUGAAUAAUAAUUUUCUUAAAGUUUUGACAGCAAAAAGAUUUAAAGAAUUAAGAAUUUUCUUUGAUGGCGCAAUUUCUAACGAUAAAGUGAUGAAAAGAAUGACAGAAGUUUUGGGGACAUUUGAUGGCUAUUUUGACAAUAGCUUAAAUGAAAUUUUUGAGAUUAUUUUUGAAGAAAAUCUUGGAAAUAUCAUGAAACUUUUUUUAUCUAUUUUUAAAUUAAAUAAUAAUUUUAAAGAUGUGUUGUCUUCCUGUAUGAUGAAUUUUGUAAAAAAAGAAGAAAAUGUUAACUUUUUCAACAAAUUCUUCAAAUUGCUAGCAGAAAAUUUAGAAACAAAUGAUUUGAAAGAUUUUCUUACACAAAAUCAAGUUUUACAUGAAAUGAUUCGUUCAAAAAUUGAUAUUAAAUGUUUAAUUGAUAUAAUUUAUUUAAUUGAGGAAAAAUUAACGGCCGAUUUUGUCAGAAAUUUGUUAAAAAAUGAAGAAAAAAAUGGAACAUUAUUGCAUUACUUAUGUAAAUCCAAAAUUUUUAACAUAAUUGAAUUUGAGCAAUUUUUCAAAAUUUUAAAUGAAUUUUUGAGACCACAAGAAAUAAUUCAAAUAUUAAAGAUUGAUCGCGAGAAUAACAUUUUUAAUAUUUGUAUCUUAACAAUGGAUAUAAAUCUAAUUAAAUACAUAUAUUCUAAAUUAAAAGAAACUUCAUUGCUGAAUCUUAUAAAGCAAUCAAGCAUUUUACAUUUCAUUGCAACAUGUUGUGAUGAAGAUACAAGUAAGGAAAUGUGGAAAAUUUUGAAAGACACGAUUGCAGACAAGAAAGAUUGCGGUAAAUUUAUACAUCAAUAUAAAAACAAUGGAAACCCUUUCCUGCACAUCCUUCUCUAUAACCAAAAUUCAAAACUAGUAAUUGAAACAAUCAAUACUAUUUUCAAAGAAUAUGAAAAUUCUAACAUUUUGACAUUAAGGAACGAUUCAGAUUUGAAUCUUCUUCAUCAAGCUGUUUGUUAUUCAACUUUUGCUGUAUUAAAUCAUGUGUGGAGCAUUUACAAGGAAUCACUAGGAAACAAUUUAUAUUUUAUUCAAGAAAAAUGCAACAAUAAGAAUAUUAUUCAACAUGCAGCUCAAUAUGCAAGCGAAAAAAAAUUAGCAUUUAUUUUAGAUGAUGUUAAACUAAUAAUUAAAGAUUUUCCAAACGAAUUUGAGAAAUUGAUCAAUGCUGAUCUGCUUCAUUUAGCAGAGUUAAAUACCGAAAACAUAAUUGCUCGGAAUCUUGUUUCUCAUAUGAUCGCUGACAAUGAAGCACAAAUUGUUUCGAUAAAAGGUUUAAGACAUGAAGAAAUAAUUUAUUUUGAUAAUAUAAACAGCAAGACAUUUAAGGAACUGGCAAAGGAUAAUAUAUUUCUUCAUAAUGAUGUAAGACAUCGUAAAAGUGUGACCAUAUCAGCCAUUGGAUCGAAACGCAAAGGAAAGAGUUUUUUACUAAACUAUUUUCUAAGAUUAUUAUAUGCUAAUUAUCCUUCAGUUUACAACAGAAAACAGUUUGAUCCUAAAAAUUGGAUUGGUCAUGAAAAUGAGCCACUGCACGGAUUCCCUUGGGAACGAGGAUCUAAACCUGUAACAAAAGGAAUUGCUAUCUGGAAUGAUGCUUUUCUUUUUACUGAUGAAAGAACUGGCGAAAAAAUUGCAAUUACUGUCAUCGACACUCAUGGAAUUUUUAUUGACGAUGCGCCAUCGGAUGAUGAUUCAAAAAUGUUUAUGCUUGGUUCAUUACUUUCAUCAAAUUUUAUUUUAAAUUGUGCAAAAGAACUUUCAAGUAACAAUUUGACACAUUUAAAGUAUUUAGUUGAAUUAAGACAACAUGUUGCUUCCAUCAGUAAUGGAAAUGUAAAUAAAUAUUUUCAAAAUUUGUAUUUUCUUAUCAGAGAUUGGGAUUACGUAGAGGAGCAUCAAUUAGGCUUUGAAGGUGGAAUGAAUUAUAUGAAAGAAAAAAUCAAUGUACGAACUGAAAAAGAGCUUCUUCCAGUCAUUGAGUAUUUGAAGGAUACUUUUCAAAAUAUAGGGUGCUCAUUAUUAUCAUAUCCAGGAAAAAUAGUUUCUGGUGCAGAAAAGGAUAAAGGCGAUAAAAUAUAUGAUGGAAAUUAUGAGGCAAUGGAUUCAAAUUUUAAACUUUGUUUAAUCGAUACAAUAGAACAAAUGUUGAAGCCUGAAAGCCAAUCCUUAAAGAGAAUUAACGGAUGUGUUUUGACAGGUUUCGAAUUUCAUAAAUUACUCGAACUGAUCAUUAAACUUUUUGAAACAAGUCAAAUUCUUGAUCCAAAAAUAGUUUUUGACGAAACAGUUAAGAUGCAAAAAACUAUUUUAGUAAAUUCCUGUUAUGAUUACUACACACAAAACUUAUUUAAGUAUCAAUGUUACAUUAAGACUAAAACCCAAAAGGAAUAUCUUCAUAAAUUAAUUAAAGAUAAAGCUAUUGUAAAAUAUAAUAAUUCAGAAAUUAGAAAAUUAGGAAUUUUAAAUCAUGAUGACAAAUUUGUAAAUCAAUUAAAAGACUUAAUUGAUAAUUUUCAUGAAAACUCAGAAGAAAAUAUGAAAAAAAUAGAACAAAAAUCGAUUCGUGCUUUGAACGAAAACAAUGAACGGAAAAAAGAACAGUUUGAAAGUGAGAGAAAGGCAGCAGAAAGGAAAUCAGACUUUGAAAAACAAACAAUAUUCAAUACUAAUUCAAAUCAUGACAAUCAAUUUUUGUUCAAAGAAAAAGAAAAAUUAAUUGAAAGAUUAAAAUGCGAGCGAGAACGUUCAAAAAUAUUCCGAGAUGAGGAUGAUGACGAAAAAGAAAUCAUAGAGGAAUUGACAAAAAUGACAAGUGCCUUAAAUAAUAAUUUUACUAAUCAUUCAGAGAAUGUUGAAAAUCUUUGACAUUUUAGUCAAACUUGGUUCAGAAUAAAACUUGGCAUACGUUCAGCAAUUCAAAUUAUAAAUUUAAUGGAAAAAUAAGAUUUUCUUUUAAUUUCUGAACACAGAAUUGAAAUCCAUUCACGACGAUCAUAAAUUUUGGUUCAUUUUUCAGAAGAUUUAAAUUUUUCAUGUUUUGAUGUCUAUAUUUUAAAAUUUUUGUAAAUAAGCUACUUUUUAAUGUCAGAAAUAAAUGAAACCUCGAUUCUGAAACAUCGAUUAUUAAAAGCUAAUUUGAAUUAAGCAAAAUCAAAAUAACUCAGAACCAUGUUGAGAAAUUAAAUCCCUGUUAAUGAAGCACAAAUUUAGACAGUUUAGGAACAGCUAGCUACCUUUUUAUCGUGCAAUCUAAAUCUUGCUCUUUUUUGAAUGUUUUAUGAUCGAUUUUUAAAAUAACUCGCUUCUUUUUGAACUUAGGAUAAUAAGACUAGAGUCCACGUCUUGCUUUAAAAGCUG